AUGUCGAGUUCAAUUAGUGAGGACAAAAAGGCACCUUAUGAAAGUGUGGCCUCGUCCGCCUCAUCCGAAGAAUCCUUUAGAGGUCAAUACGACGAUCAAAAUAAAAGAAAUAGCGAAUUUAAUGCAGAAACUCUAUCCAGAACGCUAUCACGUCUAUCGCAAGAUGUCGAAAAUGGAAGGCCAUCAGAAAUUGUUUCCCAAGUUGAAACGUUAGCAGAAAUUCUAUCAAAACAUACCACUAGGGAUGGUGAACUUCAAUUACGAAAUGAUGAUUCUUUUGAUGCCGAGGCAAUCUUUGCUGCUUUUGCCAGAGACUCUGAAGAACAAGGUAUUCAUAUACGUAAGGCUGGUGUCACAUUGGAAAACGUUAGUGCUGAAGGUUUCGACGCCUCUGCUUUAGAAGGUGCUACUUUUGGUAAUAUCUUAUGUUUACCAUUAACAAUUUAUAAAGGGAUUAAAUCAAAAAAAGGGAACAAAAUGAAAUCCAUUUUACAAAAUGUUAACGCCCUAGCUAGACCAGGUGAAAUGGUUUUAGUUCUUGGAAGACCAGGUGCAGGUUGUUCCUCAUUCUUAAAAGUUACAGCAGGUGAAAUUGAUCAGUUCGCAGGAGGUGUCACAGGUGAUGUUGCAUAUGAUGGAAUUUCACAAGAUGAAAUGAUGAAAAACUACAGAGCAGAUGUGAUUUACAAUGGUGAAUUAGAUGUCCACUUCCCUUACUUGACAGUGAAACAAACAUUAGACUUUGCAAUCGCAUGUAAAAUGCCAGCCAAAAGAAUCAAUAAUAUUUCCAAGAGCGAAUACAUUGAAUCUACAAGAGAUUUAUACGCUACUAUCUUUGGUCUAAGACACACGUAUCAAACAAAGGUCGGUAACGAUUUUGUUAGAGGUGUUUCCGGUGGAGAACGUAAGCGUGUAUCAAUUGCUGAAGCGUUAGCUGCUAGAGGUACCGUAUAUUGUUGGGAUAAUGCUACCAGAGGUUUAGAUGCCUCUACUGCUCUGGAAUACGCCGCAGCCAUCCGCAUUAUGACAAAUUUACUGAAGUCAACUGCCUUCGUUACCAUCUACCAAGCUUCUGAGAAUAUUUAUGAAAAAUUUGACAAGGUUACAGUAUUAUAUGCUGGUAGACAAAUAUAUUAUGGUCCAAUUCACGAAGCAAAAGAAUACUUUGCCGAAAUGGGUUAUUUAUGCCCUCCAAGACAGGCUACAGCCGAAUUUUUGACAGCAUUGACUGAUCCAAAGGGGUUCCAUCUUAUUAAACCAGGUUAUGAACAUAAAGUACCACGUAGUGCGGAAGAGUUUGAAGCUUAUUGGUUGAAUUCGAAAGAAUAUGCUCAAUUGAAAAAUGAAAUCCAGACAUACAAGGAAGAAGUUGAUAGCGAAAAGACUAAGGAACUUUAUGAUAUGUCAAUGGCUGAUGAAAAGUCUAAAGGUGCAAGGAAAAAGUCAUAUUAUACUACCUCCUACCUAGAACAAGUGAGACUCUGUACCAUCCGUGGUUUUCAAAGAAUUUAUGGUAAUAAAAGUUAUACCGUUAUCAAUGUUGCCUCUGGUAUCAUCCAAGCCUUUAUCAGUGGUUCAUUGUUUUAUAAAACACCUUCAUCUACUGACGGUGCUUUUUCAAGAGGUGGUGUCAUUUAUUUUGCUUUGCUUUACUACUCCUUAAUGGGUCUGGCCAAUAUUACUUUUGAUCAUAGACCAAUUUUACAAAAGCACAAGGGCUAUUCUUUGUACCACCCAUCUGCUGAAGCCUUAGCUAGUACAUUGUCCGCAUUUCCAUUCAGAAUGAUCGGUUUGACAUGCUUCUUGAUCAUCCUAUAUUUCUUAGCCGGCUUGCAUACUAAUGCAGGUUCUUUCUUUACUGUCUAUUUAUUCUUGACUAUGUGUUCGGAAUCAAUUACAGGUUUAUUUGAAAUGGUUGCUUCUGCAUGUGAUAAUAUCUCACAAGCUAACUCUCUAGCCGGUAUUCUUAUGAUGUCGAUUUCCAUGUAUUCCACGUAUAUGAUUCAAUUGCCAUCAAUGCAUCCAUGGUUCAAAUGGAUUUCUUACAUUUUACCAAUUAGAUAUGCUUUUGAAGCGAUGUUGGAAGCUGAAUUUCAUGGUAGACAUAUGGAAUGUACUACGCUUGUUCCAACAGGCCCAACCUACGCAAAUGUUUCUUCCAGUAACAGGGUUUGUGCCUUCACUGGCUCUCAAUUUGGUCAAUCAUAUGUGUUGGGUGAUGAUUAUUUACAAAUGCAAUACCAAUAUACAUAUGGCCAUGUCUGGAGAAACUUUGGUAUUAUGUGGUGCUUUGUUAUUGGUUAUCUUGUCAUCAAAGCUGUUAUCACUGAAUACAAAAGGCCUGUUAAAGGCGGUGGAGACGCCUUACUUUUUAAGAAGGGUUCCAAGAGAUUUGAGGUGACUACUGAUAUUGAAUCUGGUGAAACUUCUCCAAGUGACUUAAAAGAAAGAUAUUCCACAUCCAGUUCCAAAGGAGAAGAUAUCCAGUUUGAAGAUUUGAAGUCAAAAGGUGUUUUUAUUUGGAAGGAUGUUUGUUACACUAUUCCGUACGAUGGUGGUCAACGUAUGUUGCUGGAUCACGUUUCUGGUUUUUGCAAGCCUGGUACUCUGACUGCUUUGAUGGGUGAAUCUGGUGCUGGUAAAACUACUUUAUUGAACACGCUAGCUCAAAGAAAUGUCGGUAUUAUUACUGGUGAUAUGUUAGUAAAUGGUCAUCAUAUUGAUGCAAGUUUCGAAAGACGUACAGGUUAUGUUCAGCAACAGGAUAUCCAUAUUGCAGAACUUACUGUUAGAGAAUCAUUACAAUUCUCUGCUCGUUUACGUCGCCCUCAAAACAUCUCUGAUAAAGAAAAGAUGGACUACGUAGAAAAAAUUAUUGAUGUUUUAGAUAUGGAAGAUUAUGCUGAGGCUCUAGUCGGUGCUGUCGGUAAUGGCUUAAAUGUGGAACAAAGAAAGAAACUAUCUAUUGGUGUGGAACUAGUCGCUAAACCUGACUUACUUUUAUUCUUGGAUGAACCUACCUCUGGUCUGGACUCCCAAUCUUCUUGGGCCAUUAUUCAAUUAUUAAGGAAACUAGCAGCUGCGGGACAAUCGAUUCUAUGUACAAUCCAUCAACCAUCUGCUACACUUUUCGAGCAGUUCGAUAGACUUCUUCUGCUCAAGAAAGGUGGUCAGACGGUUUAUUUUGGUGAUAUUGGUGAGAACUCCUCCACAUUAUUAGGCUAUUUUGAAAGGAAUGGUGCAAGAAAAUGUUCUAAGGCUGAAAACCCGGCAGAAUAUAUUUUAGAGGCUAUUGGUGCUGGUGCUACUGCAUCUACUGAUGCUGAUUGGCACGAAAUUUGGAAAACUUCCUCUGAGUUUGAUAGUUCUAGCAAAGAGAUUAGUGAAUUAAUCUCUGAGUUAUCUCAAAAGCAUUCCGAUUCUGAAGGUAAGGAAACUGCAACCAAAUAUGCUACUUCAUAUUUCUACCAAUUUAGAUACGUCUGGUUAAGAACUGCAACUAUGUUUUGGAGAAACUUGGAUUACCUAAUGUCCAAGAUGAUGCUUAUGACAGUUGGUGGUUUAUAUAUCGGUUUUACCUUUUUCAAUGUAGGGAAAUCCUAUAUUGGUCUACAGAAUGCUAUGUUCGCGGCCUUUAUGUCCAUUGUUAUCUCUGCUCCCGCAAUGAACCAGAUUCAAGCCAGAGCAAUUGCUUCUAGAGCGUUGUUUGAAGUCAGAGAAUCUAAAUCAAACAUGUUCCACUGGUCAUUUUUACUAAUUACUCAAUAUUUAUGUGAAAUUCCCUACCAUUUCCUAUUUUCGACAAUUUUCUUUGUUUCAUCGUACUUCCCAUUAAGAAACCAUUUUGGUAGUUCCUUCUCUGGUGUCUACUUUCUAAAUUAUUCCAUUAUGUUCCAACUCUACUACGUUGGUCUAGGUUUGAUGAUUUUGUAUAUGUCACCAGAUCUUCAAUCUGCUAACGUUAUUUUAGGUUUAAUCCUUUCCUUCUUGAUUUCUUUCUGUGGUGUCACACAACCAAAGAGUUUGAUGCCAACAUUCUGGACAUUCAUGUGGAAGGCUUCCCCAUACACAUAUUUCGUUCAGAAUAUUGUCGGUAUUAUGUUGCACAAGAAGGAGGUUGUUUGUUCAACGAAGGAAUUGAAUUAUUUCGAUCCACCUUCUGGUCAAACGUGUGGUUCAUACAUGGAGGAAUAUUUCAAGACAGGUUCAGGCUAUGUUGCAAACCCCGAUGAUACUUCCAACUGUGCCUACUGUAUCUAUUCAGUUGGUGAUGAAUAUCUAACUCACAUUAGCUCUAAGUAUUCAUACUUAUGGAGAAAUUUCGGUAUUUACUGGUUGUACAUUGUCUUCAACAUCUUCGCAAUGGUUGGUGUCUACUACAUCUUCCAUGUUAGACAAACCUCACUAUUAAACAUAUCCAAAGUCAAAAAGAUAUUGGGUAAAUCUAAAAAAUGA